AUGGACAAAUGGGUGGAACACUAUUCCGACCUUUACUCCAGGCAGAAUGUUGUGACGACUGCAACCCUUGAUGUCUUUAAGUGCCUGACGGUCAUGGAGGAUUUCGAUACCGAACCGACCACAGAGGAACUUAACAAGACCAUUAACAGCUUCGCCUCAGGGAAUGCCACUGGCAGUGAUGAGAUCCCCCCUGACCUGAUCGGGCACUGCAAAACUGCCCUACUGCUCCCAUUGCGCGAGAUCCUCUACCAGUGCUGGAAAGAAGGUGCCGUAUCUCAGGACAUGAGAGAUACCAAGAUCGUCACCCUCUACAAGAACAAGGGUGAGCGAAACGACUGCAACAACUACAGAGGCACAGUGUUGUGGGCAAAGUUUUCGCUCGGGUCAUAUUGCUCCGCCUGCAGAAACUCGCCGAACGUGUCUACCCAGAUUAGCAGUGUGGUUUCCGACCUGAAAGAUCAACGGUAG